UUUUUGCAAACAAUGGAUUUGAUAAUAUAAAUGGAGUAUAAAAUAAUUGUAAUGAGUUUAAGAGGACAGCGCAAUCGGGAUUCUUGUCACAAUGGUUCUGAAAGUGGUUAUUGGUUUAUUGGUGAUCGUUCCAUUAAUACGAGGAGAGACUGAUUACAUACAGCCUCCUCAAGAAGAAGUACCUCGAUUAUUAGAAAUAUCCAUAAAUUGUGUUAGCGAGACGGGCGUCGAUGCGGACACACUAUACAAAUUGAUAACAUGGAAAUUCAAGAAAACACCAAAUACAAGCAAAUUCUUGUAUUGUUUCUUAACAAAAGCUGGGUUUGCUGAUAGCGAAGGACACUUUAUUAAGGACGCAGUUGUUCCUCUUGUUGGCAAUCAUAAACGUAAAGACGAAUUUGCUAAAGUAAUUGAGGAGUGCAAUAAAACGCACGGGAAGGAUAAAUUCGAUAGAAUGUACCGUGUCACCGUGUGUACCCACGAUAAAUCACCUAUACUGUUUACUGUAUAAAAUCAUGUUGUUGAAAUAAUUGUUAUUUUCUAUUUAUUUUAAAUUAAAUUGGUCGUUGUUUCUA